AUAUGGCGGCAGAGCGGGGCCUCGAGGUCCCUAGCUGAAUACGCAGUCAGCAGUCACAAUGUGACCGCCACCGUUGCUGCUCCAGGAAUAUUUGACGAUGAUGCACCUUUGAAUCCUAUACGCGAAGAAUUCUUACAAAGUUCUAAGCAUUAUAAUGCUCCAGAAAUAUGUGAUGACGAUGCACCAUUGAAUCCUAUUCGCGAAGAAUUCCUACACGAUAACAAACAUAAGCCCCAUAUAUUUGGUCAUAAACCACAUGUAUCAGGCGAUGAUAAACCAAAAGAUGCACCAUCAGACGACGAUAAACCAAAAGAUGCGCCAUCAGACGACGAUAAACCAGAAGAUGCACCAUCAGACAUUACCAAUGUCAAUUUAGCAAAACUGAGCAAAUACGCCGAUGACGUACUUAGUGGAAAGAUUAGUGCACCGAAAUCAGACGCAGAAAUACUUAAAUCACCAGAAUUCAAACACUUCCUGAGGAAUCUGUCAAAGGAUCCAUAUGAUUUGCUACAACAUAAACACGAGGCAAUAAAAGAAAAACGUAGACGUUUAAAGGAGUUCGCCCACGACAUUCUCCAUGGGAAUAUCUCAAAACUAUCGCACGAUUGUCCAAUCAAAAAGUUUUUAAAGUCCGUUGUAGAUAAAGCCAAUACAACACCAAAUCCCAAUGAGGAAAAAGCUACACAACCAACGACUGAAGGAACUGAUGAGAGUAAUACUACAGAAGGGCCAACUACGACAAAACCAUUAACAACUUUAGAACCGUAAACAACAUCAGAACACCAAAUCUCAAAUCUCACUGAGGAAAAAACUACACCACCAGCAACUGAAGGAUCUGAUGAGGGUAAUACUACAGAAGCGCCAACUACGAUAAAAC